CUUUCUUUGUUUCUUCUAAAUAAAAUAAUAUUAAAAUAAUUAUCAAUCAUUAAUGUCUCUCUUCUUUUAUUUCUUUCUUUUUUUAAAGCAAUCGAUCAUUUUCUUUAAUUAUUAUUAUAUGCUUUUUGAUUUAUCAACAAACCAAAUCCCAUUUUAAUCUUUUGGACGAUCUGUUUUAAUUUAUUUAACUUCUUUGCGUGUCUAAAUUUGCUAAAUUUCAAUCGAUUUUGACCCUUUCGUUUAAAUUUAUAUCUGUUUGACCGCGAAUUAUCUUUCAACGCGUCGGCUUGUCUCUUUCUUUUGCUCGAUUUAUAAUCAAGAUUUGAAAGUGAUUGCUUCAUUUACUGAGACAUUAUUAAGAAAAUUAAUUAAGAAAGAAGCGAUUUUGAUUCAAAUUCUGUGGUGUGAUAAAAUCGAGUAAUGGGUGUUCAGUACAAGUAAAGAUUUCUACCUUGAUUUGGAGAUUUCUCUUUGAGAAAGGUAUGCCAUUGUAUUUUCUAGGGAGUGUUUGAGAUUUUCAGAGUAGUUGCCUAAAGUUGCUGGAGAAAUGUCGGCAAAGAGGGAAUCUAAACAGCCUGUACCCAGUGUUAUGGCAAGAUUAAUGGGAUUUGAAGAAAUUUCAACUCAGCAGCCUGUUCAAAAGAAACCUAGAGUAUACUCUGAGAAUUAUCUACGUAGAGUUGUGUUGUUUGGUGUUAGAGAGAAAUGCUCAGAACGUGAUUCAUUUAGGUUGAGUAUUGAAGAGAAGGAUGAAUGUAAUACUAUCUUCCAAGUAUUAGAAACAUUGAGGAGAAAGCACCAUAGCAUGCCACUUCAAAAAAGGAAAGUUCGCUCCAGUUCAUCAGAGGCCAAGACAGAAGUUAUAGAACCAAAUCAUGUUUCAGGGGAUAAGAAAGUUCAAAUUGAUAAUAUUCAAAAAUACCUCCAGAAACCAAAUUUAGAGUUUACCAAGAAACCCAGUGAGCCAACCGAUGUUGAUUCUAACUUGAAGUUGGAGUACCUUACAGUCUCACAGUCAUCAUAUGCUUCUGAAUGUAGACACAUUAGACUGUGCAGGAAAUUUAGGAGGAGAAGUGAACUAGGGUAUGUUGACUCACUAAAGAAUGUUCAGAAUAUUUUUGGGAAAUUUUCUUCUGGAGAACCUCACAUUGAUCACAUCAAUAAGUUUCUGAGUUCAAAAUUCAAGUCAAAUAACAAAGCAUGUCGUCCCACUACCAAUAUUGUUCUUUUGAAACCAAAUCAUGGAAAGGCAGAUGGUGCAUUGGGAAAUGGUCUGAAACCUGUUCGGCGGUCUAGAUUUUCAAGGGAAAUUACUAGGAAAAUGGUGCAUGAUAUUAGUAGUGUGCCUACAGAUGAACCAAGUUCUGAAAAUAGUGGUAGUGGCCUAUUUGCAAAUGAAUCUGAGUCACUUUCAUCUAGUAGGAAGAGUCAAUUUUGCUGUUCAGAUGGAUCACAUGCAGCCAGGGAAGCCAAGAAGCAAAUCUCUGAAAGAUGGAGGACAACGAAAAGGUUUCAACAAGUUGAACUGGCUGGUUUGUGCAAUCCUGACAAGCCUAGUAAGUUUGGUCCGGGCAAGCAAGUGGUUCCUGACAAUGGAAAUGUGAACUUUGCUAGACCUUCAGGUAUCAGCAGUGUCAGAAACUUAACAAGAUACAGAUCCCUUCUUCCAAGCUUUAAAGCAGCUGCAAUUCCUAAUACCAGGACCAACCAUGAAUCUCUUGAAAAUGCUCAAAAGAAGUCAAGGGAGGAAGAUUUUAACCAGAGAGAUGGAUCAGAAUGUUUCUGCUCAGACUUCAGCUUUGAAAAAUCUCAAGCUAUUCCCUACUUGGAAUCAGAAAACAGUUACUUAGGAGAAGAUGAUUAUGUGAUUCAGAAGGAACUAGAACACAAACUGAAGAAGCAUUCAGACAGGCACAAGAAUCAAGGCCGGGAAGAGGAUCUGUCUGACGAGGAACAACUAGAAUUAAGAAACUGCAGCAUGGAGGUUGAUGAGGAGACUUAUGUUGUAAAGAUGUCCCCUUCAAAUCAUGAGGAGGAACAACUAGAUUUAAGAAACUGCAGCUCAUCAGCAAAUGAGGAGGAUUCUCCUUCUCAAAUCAAAGAUUCUUCAAUUCGACAGGAAAUGUCCAGUGGAAUCUUUGAAAUGGAGUCUGUUUCUUCACAAUUCUCUGGCACAGAUCCAGAGUCGCUGAUGAGCUUUGACGAGGCUUAUCAACCUAGUCCAAAUUCAGUACUGGAUUCAUUGUACAGGAAACAGAUGUCAUCUAGCUCUGACGGUUUUAAGAGUGUGAAUGCUUAUUUAAAUGGGUUACAUAGGCAACUUGAACUUCUAAAAUCAGAGACAGCAGAAUCAUACUCGGAAGGAUCUAGUAUGGCAGUAUCUAGUGACAACGAGGAUAUCGGGGAAGGAUCUAUAAAUGAUACUGAAGAAAAUGAAUGUCUAAUGAGUUCAUUCAAAGUAGAAGAAGGUCCAAUUAGUUCAUUCAAAGUGGAAGAGAGUAGGGAUUUCUCCUAUCUGGUUGAUGUAUUAACUGAGGCAGGUAUUCAAAAUAAAAACUUGCCUGUGGGUUUUGAUACAUGGCAUUCUCAAGAAUGCCCAAUCAGUUUUUCUAUCUUUGAGACCUUGGAGAAGAAGUAUGGUGAGCAAAUAUCUUGGAAGAGAUCAGAGAGAAGGCUUCUAUUUGAUCGCAUAAAUUCCGGGCUAGCAGAGAUUUUGCAGCCAUCAAUGGGUGUGCUGACAUGUAGAGAACCUGUGGCAAGAAGGGUUACUUUUAGUCAUGGCCAGGACACUAUUGAGGACGAGAUGUGGAUGUUACUUGUUUGCCAGGAAAAGGAAGCAAGCAAAGAAUCUGAGAAGAUUCUGGGAAAAGAUGAUGGAUGGUUGGAGUUAGGAGAUGAUAUUCGAGAAGUCGGUAGAGAAAUAGAGAAUUCUUUGAUUGAGGAACUGGUUGCAGAUGUUAGCAUGGAGAUUUUCUGUUAGAUUUUCUUUUUCUUUUUUGAUAUAUUAUCUGAGCUACAUUAGAUAGAAAGAGAGAUUUUUGUUUAUUAUUAUUAUUAUUAUUCUUUUAGCUACUGGAAAAAAAAAAAAAAGAGAGAGAACACAAGAUAAGAAAGAGAAAGAGAGUGUUUGUUCUUGUCACACUUAUUUAUUCAUUUUUUUUUUCUUUUUUUUGAACCACAGGAGAUAGAUAUGUAUAAAUAGGAAAGUUUUGAUCGAGUCAGGUUUGAAAUUGUUGGAGAGACAUAUUCGUGUUGUUUAAAUUAAUGAAAUGAAAAAAAAAAAAAAAAAAAA